AUGAGUACUUUUCAUCCAAGUCUGUGGGGUGAUUUCUUCCUUACUUACCAGCCCCCGUCUUCAGCGCAGCUACCUCAAAUGAAAGAAAGAGCAGGAGCGUUAAGGGAACAAGUAAGGGCGAUGAUAAAAGAUUCAAAUGAAAUACCAAAAAUAUUAGAUCUUAUAAUGACGCUAGAACGACUUGGUUUGGACUACCAUUAUGAGAAUGAGAUCAACCAGCAACUCAACGUUGUUUUCAACUCGGAUUACGAUGAUAAUAAUCUACACUUGGUUUCACUUUGGUUUUAUCUUCCAAAAAAUGGAUAUGAUGUGCCAUCAGAUGUAUUCCAAAAAUUUCAAGACCGAAAAGGAGAUUUUGUGAAUGUUGAUACAACAAGUUUGCUAAGCUUAUACAAUGCGGCAUAUCUGAGGACCCAUGGUGAGGAACUAUUAGAUGCGGCUAUCUCUUUCGCCAAAAGACGUCUUCUGUGUGAUUUAGAACUGGAAUCACCUUAUGCAAAGGAAGUGUGUUCUACCCUAGAUACACCUCUUUUUAGAAGGGUUGGAAUAUUAGAAACAAGAAGUUACAUAUCCAAGUAUGAAAAUGAUUCUAUACGAAAUGAAGCCAUACUUGAGAUUGCAAAACUGAAUUUUAACAUUCUACAUAUUCAUUUCUGUGAGGACUUAAAAGAUGUCACACUGUGGUGGAAGGAGCUCUAUGGUAAAUCCAAUUUGAGUUUAGUUAGAGAACGAAUAGUAGAAGUGUAUUUCUGGAUGAAUGGGGCAUGCUACAAACCUCAAUAUUCUCAUUCGAGAAUUAUACUGACGAAGAUCACAGCUUUCAUUACCAUUGUAGACGAUAUAUUUGACACAUAUGGUAGUACCAAAGAGAGUAUGCAACUUCAAGAAGCAAUUAAAAGGUGGGAUGAAAGUGCAGUAGCUCUGCUUCCAAAGUACAUGAAGAAUUUCUACCUGUAUUUACUAGAGACAUUUGCUUCCUUCGAGGCGGAGUUAGGAGUUGACAAGACCUACCGUGUGUUUUACCUAAAAGAAACGCUGAAGCAAUUAGUUCAAGUAUACGCCGAUGAACUAAAAUGGCGCGAUGAACAUUAUGUGCCGAAAACAAUGAGCGAACAUCUUGAAGUUUCAUCUACAAGCAUUGGACCCUACCUGCUAGCUUGUGCUGAGAUAACAUCAGAGAAGACUUUCAAGUGGGUUCUGGAAAGUCCACAACUAAUCAUCUUUGGUAUAUUUGUCCGUCUCUCAAAUGAUAUAGUGUCAACCAAGCGUGAGCAAAUAGGGGACCACUGCGGCUCUACCAUCCAAUGUUACAUGAAGGAGCAUAAGACAACAAUGCAUGAUGCUUGCCAGCAGAUAAAAGAACUCGCUGAAGAUUCAUGGAAGGAUAUGUUACAACAUUCUUUUGCUACAACAAAUCAACCAAUGGUUGUGACACGAACAAUACUUAAUCUUGCUAAGACUGCGGGUAAUAUGUACAAACAUAACGAUGCAUACACUACUGCAGACACAAUCAAAGAUGCGAUAAGGCUGAUCUUUGUGGAGCCGAUAUAA